AUGCUGCUUACCCGUAUUUGGGAUGCUGUUCCAACUCUGAUUGUAGUCACACUCAAUCUCAUGACACUUGCCUCAGACACGAUCCAGGACGUCACCUUCCGGCUUUUUGAACAUCCUCCGGCCAAACAAAUUGUGGGCAAUAUUUUUCAAGCUGCUCGACUUUUGGACCACGUGCGUAGUGUACGGUUAGAUUCUGUGGAACCGAAGUGGCUUCCGCUGUUCUAUCUGGAUCGUCCGACGGGGAACUUGUACACCAGUGACCGAGCCCCGAGCGGCCUGGACCGUGAAACCAUUUGUCCCGUGACUGUACGUGACCAGAUCACGAGGUUAAUUGAAAACCAGUGCGUGCUUAACCUAUUGGCCUCUGUGAACAAUAAAAUUCUCAUCAAAAUCAACAUAAUUGUGGAAGAUUUAAAUGAUAACUCGCCAACUUUCCCCAACAUCUCCGUUGAUUCCAGUUUUCAUGUACAGAUUGUCAAAGUGGAUGAAACAAAUACGGUGAAUUCAACCAAAAUUAACUUGAAAAUUGCCACAGAUUUGGAUGGAGGAGGAUUGCAAAAGAUAUACUACUACCUCACCCCAGACGAUACUCCUUUCUAUUUGAUACACAAACGUCGCUCAGACUCGAAGCAUGGUCUGGAAGAAUUGUAUCUAGUGCCUCGACAACCACUGGACUAUGAACAGACUCCGGAAUAUUGGGUCAAUUUAACCGCAUGCGAUGGUCAACUACCUCGCAGCAAAUUAUCACCAGUUGAUAAACAGAUAAUACACUGUUCCACUCAGCUGAUACACAUACUGGUACAGAAUUUAGAUGAUGAGAAACCAGUGUUUGAACAGACAAAUUACUCGGUCAUUCUGAAAGAAACGGCGCCCGUCGGACAUGAGUUAAUCACAGUGAAAGCUACUGAUGCAGAUGCUCCACCGUUCAAUCAAAUCAGAUAUUACAUUCUACCAAUCAGUAAUUCGCAAAAAGAUCUCAUCCAAAUCGAUCCAAUUGAAGGAUUGAUUCGACUGAUCAAGCCAAUACCGGGACCGGGAGUCUAUCGGUUUUUAGUCCUUGCAACAAGCGAUCUGACAUUCAACAAUUCAUUCGCGAAUACGGACUACUUAGGGCCCAAUCUGAAUGACAGAAACAUAGACACGAAUAUUGCUCGUGUCACAUUGCACGUGAUCGCUUCCAACAAUCAUGCGCCCAGUGUGACUUUACAGAACUCCCGAGACACAUCAAACAAUGUCCUCAAUCUGAACGGACUUAUAUCCACAGAAUCUGCUGCAUUUAUACAAGUAUCCGAGAAAACCCCGGUUCCUCAUGUGCUUGCUUACUUUCGCGUUGUUGAUCCAGAUAGUGUGGGCAACGCGAACACGCAAUGUACUUUCCAGUCAACCGCCCAAAUCCCGCCUGACCUUUCCUCUCUUUUGAUACGUCAGAAUAUCACUCAGAUGUUGGAUUUGAGACGAGUUAGUCAACUGACGGAACACGUGUCUAUUUACCGUUUGAUUCUCACCCUGACUAUUGAUGCAGAACAACUGGUAAAAAGGCCUCUCAGUUUACCGAAUUCCGCACUGAGUCAUUUGUACAGUUCUGUUCGGAUCGUCGGUGUGGUUCCAAUCCAAAUUCGUUGCCAAGACAAUGGAGAUCCAGCCCUCGAAGGCUCGUUGCUUAUUUAUCUUGUGAUCGUGGAUGAAGAUGAGUAUUUACCGCAACUACAAGUCACACUUCCCGAUGGGAAACAGUUGCAUCCGGCUGUGAAACAAGAUGGUCACAGACCCGUGCUGAUGUACAACAUGUCCGUAAAAGAAGACGUCUCGGUUGGAACUAUAAUUUUUCGACUGUCUGUCACGGAUCGGGAUGUUUUGUCUCGACCAAUAUAUGAAUUGCUUGACAACAGAUCUCAUGUACAGGUAAACCAGACAACCGGUUCUGUUAUGGUGACACAAGCAUAUGAUUUCGAAACCGACCAGUUCCACCGUGUUGAUAUUGUUGUGAAGGAGUUUUAUAACUGGUCUGCUGGAUCCUUACCGAAAAUGAACGCCACGGUUAUUAUUCAGGUGGAAGACGUGAAUGAUAAUUCACCGGUCUUUACUUAUCCACCGCUUCUGAACCAGACUCUCUUCGACGAUUUGAACUAUUGGAAAGGGUAUUUUGUGGACGGUUUACGUGUAUUGAAGGUGGCUGAAGAAUUGCCUGAAGGCACUCGACUCGGUCAGAUCAAAGCUAUCGAUUUGGACAGCGGAUUGAAUGCUGAAAUUCGUUAUUUCAUAGUCGAUUCAAAGAGCAACCCGUCCAAAAAUUGGACGUUACCUUUUGGAACAUCAUCCAGAUCUCUUGUCACACCGUCACUGGCUCCAAAAUUCAUGAUAAAUAACGAGGGUUACAUUUGGAGCAAAUCCAGACUGGAUCGGGAGGUGAUCAAGAGCAUUGACUUGUUGAUCGGUGCGCAGGACUUGGGAACACCAGCCCUGACAAGUUAUACCACACUCCGACUACUCUUGACCGAUAUCAAUGAUCACCAGCCUCAAUGGCAAUUUCCAACCGAACAAGACCAACUCAUUGUAAUUCCGCUUGACACGGAAACAGGAUCUACUGUUACACGGGUUCGAGCAAUUGAUCCCGAUGAUGUGCGGCACAAUGGUCGUGUGUCUUAUUCGUUACUUCCACCGAAUGACAGCUUGAGAACAGACGGAACAGACGUGUCUGUACAGUGCGGCUUGGCCAACCUGCUUUUCCGAGUGGACGAGAACAAUGGUGAAGUCAUGCUACGCCAUUCAGUACAAACACUACCAAGCGGUUUUCUUGAUGUAUGGUUAGUGGUCACAGAUCACGGUGAAGAACAACAACGGUACUCUUUUGGCAAACUUGUUGUUUAUUUCAACCAACCACAGGAAGAAAUCACAAUUGACAAGCUUAUGUUACUUUAUCGCGAUAAAUCUCAGCUGAUUGUGAACCAACUUCGGGUAAGAAAAUCUUUGGAUCAGAUCCUAUCCCUGCUGUCCGUGCGAUCAAGCUCUGCGGAUCAGGGACAUGUUUGGCGCAACGGACCAACUCACUUACCCAUGCUCAUAGGUUGUAUUGUGGCUGGGCUAUUUUUGUUGUUGUUAGUGAUUGUGGCCGUGCUAUUUUGUAAAUCAAAGCGUCGAAGACAAUUGCGAAAAACUGCCGGACACCUGGCUCGUCAUUUGUACACAUCUGGCUUACAAAAAUCCAGUGAUCCUUACAACAGUUCAGCCCAUCAUGGGGAAGUAUCACCAAAAAUUCCCAUGAGUAAUCUGUUGCGUGAACGGAAUCGUGUUUCGCUAAAACGAGAGAAUAAUCACAAUCGUAUCGAACCCGAGAUAGCUGUGCCCACGAUUCAGAGCAGCCUACCCCGUCUGGUUGACGAGACCAAAUUUGAUGAAAUGCCAAGCACAAGUCACGUGAAUUCUCAAGUUUUCCAAUGUCGUCAAGAGGCAGCACUAUUACAUGCGAAUAAUACUGCAGUCUCACAUUCGUCUGCUCACACCCAACAACAACCGUCGUUGUCCACUCCGAUUUCGGUGACCUCAGUCGGACAUGCGGAUACCAUAAUUUCUUGUGCCCCGGGCGAUUCCGAGCCGCAUUCUGCGUACAUUCCAGUCAAUUCGUUUAUCAACUUUCCAUCCACCAUCCCAUUAAAAAUACUCACCCUAUCCUCAACUGCCUAUCCGAUGACCGCUUGUCUGUCCGAAUCGGAUUCCGAUCAGAGUUAUCUGAAUUUCCCAAACAUAAUCACUUCAAUUGUGCCCGUAUGCCACGUGCAACCGGAUUUCAUUCCCGUCUGUUCGUCCCCGUCGGCAGCAUCUUCCAAUCAGUGCACCUCGUAUCUCCUCGAUCCCAGCCCACAGUUCACCGAUCACGCUGCUGUGAUCCAAACCUGCACCUCAUUCGUGCUCCCCACAACCACCGGCAGUACUGUCGCGGAUGUGAACAAACUGUACAAAGAUAAAUUGGACCUAGGGACGGAACGAUUAGUCAAUGCUCACGUGCAUAGUAAUAAUCAUACUGGCGUAAAUUUUGUCCCGGAUAAUCCAACAGCAUCACUGCCCGUCGGUUUGAUUGUCCCCUCGGUCGAGGAAUCCAAUCACAAAUUACGUACCAUGAAGCGAUGCUAA